CAUCGACUUUUCUUUACGUUGGCAGCCUUGUCAAAACAUCGAAUCCUUUCCGGUUGUCAAAAUCGCAGGCCGAAAUGGGUUUAAAGUACGAACUCUGUGUGGGUCUCAACAGGGGACACAAAACCAGCAAAAUCAGGAAUUUGCGGUAUACUGGAGACAAGAAGUUGAAAGGACUCCGCCCCGAUCGGCUAAAAUGUGUUCAGACGAAGCACACAAAAUUCGUGAGGGAUAUUGUGCGUGAGGUGGUUGGACAUGCUCCCUAUGAGAAGCGCUGCAUGGAAUUGCUGAAGGUGUCUAAGGAUAAGCGUGCCCUGAAGUUCCUGAAACGUCGCCUGGGCACUCACAUCCGUGGCAAGAGGAAGCGUGAGGAACUGUCCAACAUUCUGACACAGAUGCGCAAGGCUCAGGCCCAUGCCAAGUAAAAUUUUUCCAGGAGGAAUAAAGAUGAUUAAAAACAAAAAA